UCCUUACAUUAGAAGUCACCGACCUGUCUAACUCACGUGCAUUCCACGUGCAAAAAUAUUCCCGCCCAAAGUCGUUAAGAAUCCGAACUACCAAAGACCCCCAAAAUCAAAAUCCUCAUAAAUUCACAAUUCACAAUCCCACAAAUCCACCCGAAAAAGAAAAAUGCAGCAGAGACUUUGGUCUUACUCUUCUCGAGUGCCUGAUCAAGAGGAUACUGUUGUGGCCAUUGGCAGCGCAGCUCCACAGCAACCGCAGCUGAAGCACCACCACCACCACACUCCAAGAACAAACCCAGAUGGCCUUCCGCACUACGACCCGCGUUCCGGCUUCGGAAAGAAGGAGGGUUCUUGGAGAUCGGUGUCGGCGGAGAAGUGGAUCCAUGUCAUUCCUGUGAUUGUGCUCUUCUGCCUCUUUGUGCUCUGGUGGUUCUCUGUUUCAGUAAAAGUGGUGAGCAUUGAUCGCAGAAUUACAGCUAUACGUGAAACUGAGAUACCACUCCCUCUCAACGAGACUCGAAUUGAUAUCGCAAUCUUGGCAGCUGCUGCUAUGUCACCAAUAGCCUCGGUUCCUCAGAAUCUCACAGUGAACAAGGCAACUGAAGUUCCAAGUGCUGAGAAAAAAUGACUGAAGGACUAUUUUCUUUUGUCUAUAAUAAAAUAGCUUUGAGGAAUCUAUUUCUGUCAAUCUUGUAUUAGGGACUGAGAUAGAGUCCAAUAGCCAACUUUGUAGGUGUAAAAAGUUUAGAACUGUGAUUCAUGGGGGAAACUAUGAGACGUUCAUACUUGAUUUUGCUUGACCUUGCGCCAACGAACCAGCAAGGAACUUGUUGUAGUUAGAAUUUACAGAGAUAACAAUAGUGAAUGGUUUGCUUGGAUCAAAUUUACAUAGAAUGUAAGAGCAAUGAAUUCCCAGCUGUAGCUGGCUCAUUUCACGAUUG